AUGUCCAAACAGCAGAGUGAGAAAUGGCUACAGAAGAGCAUACAGUAUUUGACCGACUGCAAAUAUUUCAUUGAAGCCUCGAAGAGUGGAUUUGAGUCAAAUCAUUUGACCGACUGCAAAUAUUUCAUUGAAGCCUCGAAGAGUGGUCUGAUUAUAGCCCAAGAGUUCGAAGGGCCUCCCCAAGUAUGUACCAGUUCCCAAGUACAAGUGGUUCCUCACUGUUUAUGUCCAGGAUAUCAUGUCCAGAGCCGAUCACAUCAAGGCAUCGAUUACUUCCCCUUUUGGCCGAAUCAUCAAAAUGGACUCGUCCAAAACAAUUGUGAAGAAGCUAGCGGGCACAGUUUCGAUACUGCUUCAUGGACGACCAACGUUGGGAAUGAGAUGGGUCAAUUAAGUUUUGAUGAAUGUGUUGACAGCAAGCGAUGGAGUUGGUUUGGCCCCAAUGGCAAAUGGUAUGAUGAAACGGUAUUCCACGGCUGGUAUUCCUCCUCCAGACUUGAGUUUCAGCAGGUAUUAUAACAUAAUACUAUCUUAAUAAUGUAAUAAUAAAUAUAAUAUAAUAUUAUAAUGUAUUAUAAAAUUAUUAAAUAUUUAUUAUAUAUUAUUUAUUACAAACUUAUUCUUUUUUAGAGUUAACAAGCUUUGGGGGUAUCCCCUCAGCCACCACUUAUUGCAUCACAACCUCCACGCCCUAGCAAAUUCUUUGCACAGCGCCUGUUACUGUGGAUGCCCAGGAAGCUGCGGGGUGUUAAAUUGCAUUGUCCACACCCCACCUGCGACAAGAAAGAGCUGACCGGUGCCGGCAUCUAUCCCAUGAUACGUCAGGUUCUGGAUAUCGACGAGAGAUCUAGAGUGUAGACGUGUAAAAAGGUGAUCAGUUGGAUCCACUCCUGCCAUUGUUCGACAGCUCGAUCCUGGUCAUCAACUCCAGUUUCCGGUCCUGAUUACCUACCAGUAUGCCUGUGAUGUCAAGGUGAUUCGACUUCUACGACAGCGUAGUCUUGGCAAUAGCUCGACCGUAUUGCAAAAGAAAUUGUCGGAACAGCACAGUGAGAAAUGGCUCCAGAAGAGCAUUCAGUACUUGACCGAGUGCAAAUUUUUCGCUGAAGCCUCGAAGAGUGGUCUUAUUAUAGCCAAAGAGUUCGAAGAGCCCCCCAAGUUUGUACCAGUUCCCAAGUACAAGUGGUUCCUCACUGUGUAUGUGCAGGAUAUCAUGUCCAGAGUCGAUCACAUCAAGGCGUCCAUCACGUCCACCUUUGGCCGAAUCAUCAAACUGGACUCGACCAAGAACAUCGUGAAGAAGCUAGCGGACACAGUUCUGGUACUGCUUCAUGGGCGACCUACGUUGGAAAUGAGAUGGGUCAAGUGA